AUGCCGCCAAAGCGUCAGGCUGCUUCUCCUCCCCGCACCAGAAGGGGCACUGUAAGGGGUGCGCCCACCAAGCCUGCCCAAGGUCAGGCCUCUGGACAGCGGAAGGUGCGUGCGCCCAGGGAGGAGCAGCCCAAGCCCAAGAAGACCGCGCCCAAGAGGGCAGCGGCACCUAGAGGGUCUUCUGGGUACAUAAGCCCACUAGCCUUGCCAAGCCGCACCGGCAAGGGGUCGGCUGUCAAGCCGAGAUGUACAGAGAGCUCCUCCUCUACCCGCUCCUCCCUUAGUAGCAGUCCCUCGCACUCGGCGCGUGGAGACAGUAGGGAUAGGACCAUUGCCCGGCUGAGGCGCCGCCUGGAGCGGCGGGAUUCACGCAGAGGGAGCUCCGGGUCACCUCACGGCCGCAGGCGAGGGCGCAGUAGCAGCUCCUCUGACCACCGUGCUCAGGAGGGUGGGUCACGUUCAUCAUCCGCAUCCACCAGGCGUAGGGGUAGGUCCCCCCGUUCCAGCUCCUCUGACAGGUACAAGAGUGACGAGAGCCCUGAGUCACGCAGAUCGCGUCAUCGCGGGAGGAAACCCCACAAAUCCAGGAGGAGGGGCCACAAGUCCAAGAGGGACUCAUCUGGAUCACCUAGUUCCUCCGAUAGGUACAAGAGUGACAAGAGCUCUGAGUCGCGCAGAUCGCGUCAUCGCGGGAGGAAACACCACAAAUCCAGGAGGAGGGGCUACAAGUCCAAGAGGGACUCAUCUGGAUCACCUAGUUCCUCAGAUGGAGCGUUUUCGCGACCUAGCACCCGAGGCCGAUCAACUCCCAGAAGCCUUUCCGGAGGACCUCUGGGAACUUGGACGAGAGAAGUGACAGCAGGAGUACUGAGCGCCCUUGCACCAUCAACAUUGCAGUCCUACACCAGAGCAUGGUCCCAAUUCGAGGGGUUCAGAGAUAAGUUUGGUUUACGACGCAGACGUGCUGCUAAGGAGCAUGAUGUUCUAAAAUAUUUGGUUCACCUAAAGCGUAGAGGCAUGGCCCUUAAGACCAUCAGCCUGCACAAGGCCGCUAUCUCAUACUUCAGCAACUGUUUUUGGUUCCCAGACCCCUGUAACACUUUCCACGUAAGGAAGCUUAUUGCAGGGUGGCGUCGCUCCCACCCGCCCAUUCCAGAUAAGAGGAGGCCAGUAACCAUUGAGAUCCUCCAGACGAUAUGGGAUGCGCUCCCCAGCAUUUGCUGGUCCAACUAUGAGGUUAGGCUCUUCAGGGCGGCCUUCUCCCUGGCCUUCUUUGGUGCGCUCCGUAUCGGAGAGUGCGUUGGCACACUGUCACCUCAUCGUAGGGGCUUGUCUGUGGCUGAUAUCAACCUUGACAAGCGCAUGAUACAGGUCAAAAUCCGAACCUCCAAAACCGAUCAACUGGGCAGGGGUUCCACGCUAAGUCUAGCCUCCUCCCCACACACUGGACCAUGCCCUGUCGCGGACACACGAAAAUUCCUGAAGGUACGCCCUCCGGGACCAGGCCCCCUCCUCAUUCAUGCAUCAGGCCGCCCCAUGACCCGUUGCCAAUUUGUCUCAAUAUUGCGUAAGGCCAUACAUGCCUGUGGAGGCGACCCGGCACAAUUUUCCGGGCAUUCUUUUCGCAUUGGUGCAGCAACCACGGCAGCUGCGAGCGGCCUCCCGGCCGAACACAUAAAAACAAUGGGGCGCUGGCGUUCAGCUGCCUUCAAAGGCUACAUUAGACACAACCAGCAGGCACUGACAGGUACCAUAUAAUCCUUUCUUUCAG